AACAUUUUUCAAUACCUUCAAAGUAUAAAUUAUUGUUAGCAUUUAAGUGCACAAGAUGCACUGGGUUUAAUAUCUUAAACAAUAUAACAAAAGAAGCUUAAUGAGUCUUGAUUUAGAGGAAGCUAACGAAACGCAGCAGCUCAUGCAGAAUGAAGGAGAAGAUGAGGAACAGAAAGUUUCUCAUCUUGCUACAUCCCCUGUUACCAGCAAUAAGAUGUCAAGUGGAGCAGCCAGCCACACAUCAAAAAAUCCUCAAACAGUCACUAGUACUAAUAAUAGUUUGAACGAUUCUGCUAAAGUAUCCUAUGUAAAUGAGAGACGUUUACAUCGCGAUUUUAUUCGUUCUAACAAUAAUAGACCAAAACACAUGCCUAAAGAGACACCUGAUGUGAAGCAUAUGGAAAAGGCAUUGCUUGAAUUACUUGAUGAUUUUCACUCGGGAAAACUUAGUGCUUUUGGAACCGGUUGCAGUAUGGAACAAAUGAUUAACAUAAGAGACCAGCAAGAACAUUUAGCUAGGUUACACUUUCGGUUAUAUGGUGAUGCUGAAAAACCUACAGAAGAUAGCUUGGAAAAUUCGGGUUCUAAAGAUAAAAUGACUCAAUUAGUCCAAAGUUUAGAACAGCUGUCAACUUCUAUUGAAAUGCUACAAUCUGAUAAUGUACCAACAUCAAGUAGUAAUAAUAAGGAAUAAUUAUUUUAGUACUAUUAUCCAAAAUAUUCAUUAUAUAUCUGUAAUCUGUAAUUAUAGAAAGCUUAGACUAUGAGGAAGAAUUUUGUUUAUGGACUAACUUAUAUAUUUUAAGCACAAAGCAGCACUUCUGCUAUUAAAUAUCUAUGCUUA